AUGUCUGAUUUGCAUGAUUUGUGUAAGUAUGCCAGUAGACCGAUUAGCCAACAGUAUGUUGAAAAUCUACAAUUCUACUUGAAGAACGGAAUACCGUCUACGUACACCGUAGAGGAAGCAUACAAUUUUAAUAAUAAUAUUGAAGAUGUGGAACCAGAGUCGACCACUACUCCGUUACAUUUAAUUUGCACUCAUCUCCCAGAUGACUGUACCCCAGAUGAGUUGGAGGUGGUGCAAAAAAUGAUUGAGACGUUACUAGAAUACGGUGCAGGAUGGUGUCUUAUUGAUGUAAAUAAUGAUACCCCAGGGUGCAUCUUGAUCAAGCGAGGCUUGAAAACUCUUCCGGUAUACGAUCAAAUCGUUCAAGCUGGUGUAAGGGCGGAGUUGUUGUUGAGGAGAGUAGAAGAAAUCGAGUUUGUAGAUGAGGAGGAUUAUUUGAACGAUGUAGAACAAAAUGAGCACAAUCUGGAGAUCCCAGACCUAGUAGAAACUUUGGAACCUGAACAGGAAGCUCCAGAUGUUCAGGAAACUCCAGAUGUUCAGAAUGCUCCAGAUGUUAAGGAAGCUCCAGAAGUUCAAGAAGUUCCGGAAGCUGUCGAGUCUCUGAAAAUCGGCCCGAAACCUGACAACUCAUACGACCCACUAGCACCUUCAAACAAUCAACAGACCUAUCUUAACACCAAAUUAGAGUAUAAAGACGAUGCUCUUAUCACAAAAGAUAGAAAGGAUGGAGUUAUGAUGGAGUGGGAAUCCGACUUGAUGCAGAUGGGCUGCGAUUCCUUAUUUAAAGGUGCCGUCGUAGAGGGUGAUGAGAAGGACGAAGAAGUUGUAGUUUUAAAUAUUGGGUUCGGUAUGGGCAUUAUCGACACCAUGAUUCAAAAAAAGGUUCCUACAAAGCAUUAUAUCUGCGAAGCUCACCCGGAUGUUUUAGCCAAACUAAAGCAAGACGGCUGGUAUUCCAAGCCCAACGUGGUUAUUUUGGAGGGCAGAUGGCAAGAACAGCUCUCCAACCUCUUGUCUCAGGGUAACGUCUUCUUCAAUGGAAUCUACUACGACACUUAUUCGGAGCACUACCUGGAUAUGCUUGAACUUUUCGAUUUCGUGGUGGGGCUAUUAAAGCCCCAUGGUGUGUUUUCAUUCUUUAACGGGCUUGGUGCUGAUAGACAAGUGGUGUACGAAGUUUACAAGGAAUUGGUAGAAAUCGACUUGAAGAAUUACGGUUUGGACUGCAAAUUUGUAGAAUACAAGGUUCCCGAAGCGACCAUGCAGAAGAAACAGGUUACUUCGGAACUGAAUGAAGCCCAGCCACAGGAACACGCUGAUAGCGUGUGGGAUGGCAUUAAGCGCGAGUACUGGAGUUGUCCGGUGUACUACCACCCAGAAGCUAAGUUCAUGGAGUACUAG